AUGGCGACAAUUCAUCCGUUCCAAAAUGCACAACAGUUCUCUGUUGGAUUGUGGCUCCGUAACGAUGUCACGGACCAAGUUGUCCACCAAGCUCACAACUUCUGGGUCGAAAUGACCAUCGAGACAACCCCAGAUGGGAGUACCGAAAAGGAUCAUAUUAUGAAAUCACUAAGGGCCAUUGACGAAAUAUCGACUGAUAUGACCAAACCAUAUUGGCAACGACGACUGGCUUAUUUGCAGCUCCACCGCGCUCUCGAGAUACUCAAGCAGAUCGUCGGACACAAAAGACUAAAGAGACAAUUCAACCGCUCCUGCGGCAAAGGGAAUUCUUCCGAAGUCAUCGAACUCUACUCGAAUGCCCUGCAUGGGAAGAGUGGGCAUCAUGUCGGUCGUCAGAUGCGGCUUGCCAAGCGGUGGUCGCUAGCCCUGCGUAACUCUCUGUUCCUAGCAGUAGCAUACUCAGAUUAUUCUGGGGCUAGAAUGAAGAACUUCGCUGUCACUCACGAAAAUUUGAGAAACGUAUCGCGAGAGGCUGUACAAGCAAUACGUCAACAACAUGGUUCUUACAAGGUGUUCCCGAUUUAA